CUCAAACAGAUCUGCUUGACUGCUAUAUAUGCUAGAAGUUUUAAAUAGUGCAUUCUGCUGUUUUGACCAAAGUAACGACCUCCUUAGGAAGCUUGAAUACACUUGGCUGAGCUCUCCAAUUCCUGAUUAAAAAGAAAUACACAUCUACAGCCAGCUUCGGAGCCAUGGUGUGGGUGAAAAGUGAAGUGAUUCUAUCCAUCUACAUCAUCACCUUCCUGAUGGGCCUGCCUGCCAACAUCCUGGUGCUCUACGCCUUCAGCGUCAAGAUCCACAACAAGCCCACUCCCACAGACAUCCUCCUGCUCAACCUGAUUGUGUCCGACCUCCUCUUUCUUCUCUUCCUGCCUCUCAAGAUGUACGAGGCGGCCUCCGGCAUGCUGUGGAACCUGCCCGAGUUCCUCUGCUCCAUCACUUCCUACACCUUCUUCUCCACUAUCUACACCAGUUCUCUCCUGUUGAUGGCUGUCAGUGUGGUCCGUUACCUGGCGGUGGCCUAUCCCAUCACCUACCACAAACUUCACAAACCUUUCUAUUCUGUGGUGGCUAGCACAAUCAUCUGGCUUCUCUCCACCGCCCACUGCAGCAUCGUGUUCAUCAUCCAGCACCAGCCGUACCUCUCCCAAAGCAACACCUCCGUCUGCUACGAGAACUUCACCGAACAACAGCUGGCCAUCCUCCUCCCGGUGCGUCUGGAGUUCUUCGUCAUGCUCUGCUUGGUUCCUCUCCUGGUUUGCAUCUUCUGCUACCUCCGCUGUAUCUGGAUCCUGUACAUGAUCCCCAGGAUCAGCCCAGGCCAGAAGCAGAAGGCCAUCGGGAUGGCGCUGGGUACUCUGGCCGUCUUCCUUGUGUGUGUCUUUCCCUACAACUUCUCCCAUGUGCUGGGUUUCUUCACAGGCUCCAGCCCCUCGUGGAGGUACUACACCCUACUGCUCAGCGCCUUCAACACCUGCCUGGACCCUAUCAUCUUCUACUUCUCCUCCUCUGCUUUUCGCAUCACUACCAAGAUGGCCAUCUACAAGAUGCUGGGACUGCGACAGGGUCAGGCUGCAGUCCACAGGGAAAGCACAAUAGCCAAUAUGGGCCAAGAGUAGAAAAUGUAGUCACCUUACUCCAGUAAGUGCCUUUUGGGUAAUUUUGUCAAAAAUAACUAUUCAUUUCACCAAAUGUUUUAAUUCUGUCAUACACAGCAAAUGAUCAACUUCAUAAAAAAACAUGUUUUCCCAUCUCAAGAGGUUCAAUUAAGAAGAAUAACUAUACAAAUUCAAAUUGAAGUGACAGGAUUGACUGUAAUAGGGUUAACAAUGUUAUCUUAAAUCCACCAUAACUUCCUUUGUGACAGGGGGAAUGGAAGCAUGUUGUGUGCAACAGCGGGAGGCAAUUGCAUGCAAGUUCAACAAAAACAUUUCUACUAACUUGAUAAACACAUUUCUAGCCUAUCUAUCUAUUGGUAACACAGGGUUUAUGGGUUAUGCUUGACGUGCUCAGUUUUCCUGCACAAAACUAAUGGCCUAAAAAAGUAGAACCAGCUUACCUGCUUUUACACUAUGAUACGGCUAUAUUACUAGAUGGUACGUUUUUCUUUUGAUUCAGUCAUUUAAAAACUAAUAGUUUUACCAUAUUAAAACGUGAGUUCAGUUCAUGUUACAGGGUUAACAUAAACCUGAGGGACAAAUGUAAAUUAAUCAUUAAAUAAGUAAAAAUCUUCAGCCAUUACUUUCCUAAAGUAACAAAAUAACUAGGACUUAAGUAGAUAUAUUUCGUAGAAGGUGAACAAAGAUGACAUUGGUGUCACGAAAUUCGUCGUGGUGUUGCAGGGAAGACCAAAAUGCAGCGGGUAUUUGGAUACUCAUUCUUUUAAUGAAAAAUGUAAAGCAUCCACAGAACAAAAACAAAACAAUAAACAGUACUCACAACAGUGUAGCAGGCUCAAUAACGCAGUGCUCACAAACAAUUCCCCACAAACACACAGACAAACACACCCAACUAAUAUAGGACUUCCAAUCAAAGGCAACACCACACAGCUGCCUUCAAUUGGAAGUCCACCCCAAUUAACUCUACAUAGAAACACCCAACCUAGACAGAACAUAGAAAACACAACUUCUUCUGCCACGCCCUGACCAAAACUUAUACACCUACUCCACCUGCUGGUCAGGACGUGACAUUCCCCCCCCCCCUAAAGGUGCAGACCCCAAAUGCACCUUCAAAAGAAAAAACACAGAACACCCAAAACAACCAGAAAAUAUCCCCCUAACUACAGGGAGGGAAGGGAGGGUGGCUGCCGUCAACGACGGCACUGUGCUACACCCCCCCUCCCCAACCCACCUAUGUUGGAGGCAGCUCAGGUGCGGGACGUGGACCCCGCUCCAUCCUCGUCGUUGCCCACUUUGGUAGCGCCCCUGGCUGCUCCGGAAGACUAGUAGGCGCACCGGACUUCGCCCGACUGGCGGGCGACUCUUGCCGUGGCCGGCUGGCGGGCCGCUCUGUCAUCUCCGGGCAGUCGGGCAGCACUGGCGACUCCUGACUGACGGGCAGCACUGGCGACUCCUGACUGACGGGCAGCA